ACAGGAUUGGGGCGGGGCCAGGGGAGCGCAGGCGCAACGGGCGACGGAAGUAAAAACCUGGGAAGGAAAAGGGAAAGGGGCCUGUUGGUGCUUUGCAAAGGGCGCCGCGUUUCUGCCGCGGGAAGCUCACGGAGGUCGCUCGUGCGUCCGAGCUCAAACCCCUCCCCUCUCCUCCCCUCCCCUCCUCGCUUGCCCUCGGAGCCGCUAAGCGGCUGCCUUCCUCACUGCCCGCCGAGAUGGCGCUUGACCCCGCAGAGCAGCAUCUCAGACAUGUCGAAAAAGAUGUUUUGAUCCCUAAAAAAAUGAGAGAAAAGGCCAGAGAGAGGUGUUCCGAACAAAUUCAAGAUUUUACCAAAUGUUGCCAGGACUCUGGAGUUCUUAUGGUAAUAAAAUGCCGGAAAGAAAACUCUGCAUUGAAAGAAUGUCUAACUGCUUACUAUACUGAUCCAGCCUUUUAUGAAGAAUGCAAAAUGGAAUACCUGAAGGAAAGGGAAGAAUUCAGAAGAACUGGAAUUCCUGCAAAGAAAAGGCUACAGAAGCUUCCCACAAGCAUGUAGGCAGAUAUUCAAAUGACAUUCAGGAAAUCUAAUAUUCAUGGAAGUCAUUUUAUAGUAUAAAUCACCUUAAAUAAUGGACUGAAGAUAAGAAUGUUUGCUUUAUCUUAAUUAUGGAAAUAUUAAUUUUAUCUGAAAUAAAUAUUUUAUUUCAAAGUUCUGGUUUCUUAAAUGGGAAAGGAGUAAUUACUGAAGUGGGAUUUGAUUUUCCUGGUUAUUCUGGACCUUUUAAAAGUUUUCCCACAACUGUAGUUCUGUAACAGUGAUACUGAUUUUUUAGAGUUCAAUAUGGACCUUAUAUUACUUUUCUUCCAAUGUAUAGGCCAAUGGCUAAUCAUGGGAGCCAAAACUAAAAAAAGUCGGAAUGGACAACUUUCAAAGGUGUUAAUAAUAACUAGGGAGUAUAGCAGAAUAACCGUGAACCAGAAUCCUACCUGGUUCUACCACUUACUAGCUAUACAACUGUGGAAGUAAAUCUAAUACAGCAUGUGAGGAUUUACUGAGUAUUUCAGGUACAAGUACAGUGUAUAAGACAGUGUUUCAGACCUGGUAGAUGCUUUUAUAUUGGUAGUUACUGUUAUUAGUAGUACAGGCUUAUUUGGAAACUCUCUUAGUCCAUUUUCUGUUGCUACAGGAGAAUACCCAAGACCAGGUAAUUUUUAAGAAAAACUUAUGUGGCUUACGGUUCUGGAGUUUAUUUGCCAGCAGCUUCUGGAAAGGGUUUUCAUACUGCAUCAAAACAUAACAGGGCAAACAAAUAGAAGGCAAACAAGUGUGUGCAAGAGACCAAGCUGAGCAAGCUUUUAUAACAACCCACUCUCUUGAGAACUUAUACUUGCAAUAACAGCAUAAAUCCAUUCAUAAGGGCUCUACCUUCAUCACCCAUUUACCUCAUAAAAAGCUCCAUCUCUUAGUACUGUUAAAUUAACAAUUAAGUUUCCAACAAAUGAACUCUUGGGGACACACUCAAACCACAGCAGAACCACAGGUAAGAAGAUACAUACUUAUAUGAAUUAAUUUUACUUACAUCUUUGAUGGAGAAUUUUCUAAAACCUAUUGUAGGUUUUUAACCUGGUAACUUGGCUACUGAAUCCUUUAAUCAUUUAUUUAGAAAAGUCAUUUUUCUAAGUGAACUACCAUUCUUUAAUAUAGUAAUGGAUUCAGGAAGUAGUAUAAAAAUUUCCGUCCCAAUUUAAUAAUUUGAGCUUUCAUAUUAAAAGUUAUUUCUCCCCCGACAUGAGCCAUUGUAACUAGUUUCAAGAUAAUUAAGUUUUAUUUAUAUUUUCACAGUCUUCAUUAAAAUCACAAAUAGAAAUUACUAUGCACUAAGACAAGGUUUAACUUUGGCUCCAAUCUCAUGAAACGUGAGAUUUUUUUUUUAAAGUACUUAAAUUAAAUGAAAUAGGACACUAAAGAAUCAAUAGGUGUUCAAGUUCCACACUUUACUCUUGAGUGAACCACUCAAAAAACUAUUUUACUCUUAUUUGAAAUACAAAGAACCCACAUUUUCCCAGGCCACAGAUCAAAAGAAAGAUUACUAGAGCAGACAAAAGCAAAUCAAAUAUAGAAAAGAUCUAGAGACCACACAGGAUAGGGGUAAAGAUGCCUGUAUUUCCACAUUGACCUUUUGGUAUUGGUGCAUUUCCUAGAGCACAGGCCCUUAACUAUUUUUAGAGAUAACUUAAAUGAAUAUGGAAUUUAGUUGAAGAAGCUAGUGAAAUAUACAAUCUGUGACUAUUUUAUAGCUUUGAUUAAAAUCAUAAGUAGCCCUCUUCAUGUGGAAAUUCACUUAUGUACAUGUUGCUUUCCCCAUAGAAGCCAAAUUAGAUUAUAUAGUAUAAAUAAUAUAUUCAUCCUCUUUACGUCAAAGACUAAACCAUUAAUUGUAACCUUCUGAAUACCCAUGCGUAUCCCUACUGAAUUUUUUCACUAGGUAUGUCUGCCUCAGUUGUGUCUUGCUUGCUUAUUGGUGCCUCUGUUGAUAUUAUUCCGUUCGUAUGUGAUAACCCACAUUUUUCACCGCUUAAGAUAGACCUUCUCCAAGUAGCCUUUCUGAAUAUCAGUACUUUCUUGUCACAUGAUUCAGUUUUUCAAGUCUGAAUUUUCCCAUUUAUUUUGGUUUUCUAAUGUUUUACAUAAGCACAUUCCUGCUUUUAAGAAUUCAGUUCCAUUUUGGCAGCAACGCAGUAUGUCUUCUUAGAGAUGUACCUUUUUACUUUAGCUAAUAAGGGAGCAAGAGGAAGGAAUGGGUGAGUUUUCAUUACUUAUGUUCUCUUCAUUCUGUUGAUUUAUGGAUGUACUGAAUUGAAUCUUAUAAAAAGAAAUCUAAAGAUUCAAGGAAGCUCUGUGGAGCAAGUUUCAGCUAGUAUGAAAGAAGUCAAAAUAAAACUUUCAAUAGGCAACUGUUUUUGUUUUGUUUUGUUUUUGAAUUUUUCCCAGAGCAGAGAUGAUGAAGUGUACAUUUUAAAACUUCUAGCUGGGUAAAAAAUUUGGGGGUUAAUCUUUCCUUACUAAGGAAUCUUCCUAGCACUGUAAACUGUCACAGUCAAUAACUGACUUUUUAGUUUACCUGUUUGAUAGCUAUCAUCACUGUACUGUUCAGAUGGAAAAUAAUUUUCUCCACUCAAAAGCAGUUGGCUUAACAAAUGUCUAUUAUAUGACUCAUAUUAACAACCAACAAUUAAUACCAGACUUUUGAUAUAUAGGCAAGGACAGUAUUUCACAUCCACUUCAAUUUCAACAAAAAUAAUUUAUUUUAAUUAAACAAUUUCUUAGUAUUGUUCAAAACAUUAAUCAAGCAAUUAUAAGACGUUUUUUCUUUACAAAGGAAAAUUUCCAAUUUUGAUUUUAAAAAAGGCAAACCAGUAAGCUACAUUAAAGAUCAGAUAUAAUAUACAACCUAUGCAGUCACAUGAGAAAUAGUUUUUGCUGCUUUGUUAUUACACAGGUAGUUGCUUCCUUCAGCUAAAGCCUGGAGUAUUGUAUUUGUUUUAUGCAUAUUGGGUUUGGUUCUAUUACUUGGCAGGAGAUUGUACUCCCCUGAGUCAGCUGUGUUCAUUGGUCAGAAUAAAUUCCAGCAUCUGACACCAAUUCCAUUAAUCACAGACAAGCUUGAAUAAGUGUAAGAUAAUGGAAAGAUAAAAAUAUCUGGUGAAUGGUGAACAUUGUCUUAUGUAUGUAUGCUAUUCAGUAAUACAGUAUAAGAGAUCUGAGAUAUUCUUUUGAGUAUAAGAUAUAUGAAACUCUAUCAAAACGGAUAAAGUCCUUCUACAUAAAAUACUUUAACUCAGGCAAAAAGUGUAUUAACCAAGUAAAUCUCCACCCUGAAAGAACUUAAAUAAAUUUCCAUUUGAAGCCA